UCAUCUUUCUGACACUUAUCUUUCUUCCUACACCAAAGAUGCCUUAAAUAGCUUUAAGACUAACGAUUUCCUGUCCAAUGUGGACAGAUAACUUGGCAGAAAAAGCUGGAUUGCCAUCCUUAAAUCCUCUGAGUUUUCCUAUCAGUUGGAACGAUAUUUAGACGUGGAACGGGGUAAGGAUGUGUCAUGAGGACAUUUAUUGGACAACUACAAAUCUGUAGAAUGCAACAGGGUGCGAAAUACUGAAUGACCUUCAGGGAAGUAGACUUUUAAAAGGAAUUUCUGUCAGCAAUUCUCUGGCAGGGCGCAUGUUCGCGCGCGCCUCUGAAAGUAAGUUCAACUAUUAAAAAGACGUUUAAACAAAACGACAAAAUUUUUGUCAAUAUAUUUGUUAAAUCUAUAUUAAAGUAACAAUGGUAUUUUUCACGCGCCAAACUGAACAGAGCGCUCGAGCGGCUUACUGUUGCUAUGGUUACUUCCACAGGCUGAAGCGACUUCUGUUCGCGAGCUUUUGUUUAGCGCACUAAUGUGACUUUCCUAACGUUUAGAAAACGCUGCUGAAACAUAUAUGUAAAAAACAUGUUUUGAAGAUUUAUUAUACCUUUUUUGACUGCUUUUAGGGGGCUUGACGCCGUUAUUAGGAAGGUCAGACCCUCCAAAACCCACAUAAUUCGCACCCUGCAGUACAGGUUGUAUAAGUUAAAUUAUAAAUGUUGGGCAGCACUGAGCGCAGCACGAUGGGGAGUCGGUGGGGAGACUGUCCUCCCCGAGCUCUCUCUCAGAGGAGAAUCUAGACGCUCCAUGAUCUCUCAGCAUGCCUGCCUGGACGAACCGGUCCAACUGUUCCUUCAACUGCAGUUGGGAUGAUAACGCGACAUACUGGGGCGUCGAGCACCCGGUCAACAUUUUCCCCAUUCCAGUGCUAACCGGGGUCACCGUCACCUGCGUCCUCUUCUUCUUUGUAGGUGUAACGGGGAAUCUGAUGACCAUUUUGGUUGUGACAAAAUACAAAGACAUGCGAACCACCACAAACCUGUACCUGUCCAGCAUGGCCUUUUCGGAUUUACUCAUUUUUCUCUGCAUGCCUCUGGACUUAUACAGAAUCUGGAAGUACCGACCUUGGAAUUUCGGCAACAUACUUUGUAAACUCUUUCAGUUUGUGAGCGAGUGUUGCACAUACGCGACCAUUCUGAACAUCACUGCUCUCAGUGUGGAGAGAUACUUUGCUAUUUGUUUUCCUCUUAGGGCAAAGAUAGUCGUGACCAAGGGUCGCGUGCGAGGGGUCAUUUUGGUCCUCUGGAUAGUAUCCUUCUUUAGUGCGGGACCUGUAUUUGUGCUCGUCGGGGUUGAGCAUGAAAAUGGGACAAACUCGUGGGAUACUAACGAAUGCAAAGCGACGGAAUAUGCCAUUAGGUCUGGGCUCUUAACCAUCAUGGUUUGGGUCUCCAGCAUCUUUUUCUUCUUGCCUGUGUUCUGCUUAACUGUUUUGUAUACUCUCAUCGGGCGAAAGCUCUGGAAGAGAAAGAGGGAGACGAUUGGAGAAAACGCUACGAGUCGUGAUAAAAACAAUAGACAGACAGUGAAAAUGCUGGCUGUGGUGGUGUUUGCCUUCGUGCUCUGCUGGCUGCCCUUUCAUGUUGGACGCUACCUGAUCUCCAAAUCCACAGAGAUGGGCUCUCCUGUCAUGUCUCUCAUCAGCCACUACUGUAAUCUCAUCUCCUUUGUACUCUUUUACCUUAGUGCAGCAAUCAACCCUAUUCUGUACAACAUCAUGUCCAAGAAGUACAGGAUGGCAGCUUGCAAACUUUUCGGACUGCGUAAUAACCCACGAAGAAGCACAUCAGUGGCCAAAGGAGAGAGUCCACCGUGCUGGACGGAAUCCACUGCCAGUGUGUGACUGCAUGUGACAGACUCUCUUUAUCAUUAACAGCCAUUUCAGACCUCAUCUACCACUGCCAUCAUUUUAUAAGAUGAUAGUCUCUUAAUUAGACAAAAGAUUUAUAUGAAGGUCUCGUUAAUUUUCAGACAGAUCAGGGAGUAUUUUAGAAAGAUGUCAUUAACAGCCAUUUGUCUAUCCAAGCUCAACAUUCCAUUAGAUACUUAGAUGUUUUAUAGAAAUAUGCUUGUAAAUAUAGAGAUCUAAAAAUGGAGAGAAAAAGAUAACUUCAGUUGCCUUAAAUCUAAAUAAAAUCUGGAUGACAAAAUUAGCACUGUAGAUACAGCAGCAUCCUCAUGCGCCUGAUGACAGGGACUGCAGAGGUGAUGCCGUUCAUUUGCCUCGUGCCUGAAAGCACGUCAUGCUCUUUUAGCAAGUGUUGUCACUUUCUUUUCGUAAGGCUCUGCUCCACACCUGAAGCAAUACACAGAAUCCAAAAGCUUUUGAGAAAAGUUCAUUGAAAACAAACAGUCAAAACUGCGUUGGUACAUUUAAGUACUCGAACAUCAUAAAAGCUUGUUGUGUUUCAUGUGCUAAAUAUGUGAACUAUUGGUACUGAAUUACACAGUUGUUGAGAAGAGUUUCAUUUAAAACCACGGCAAUAACCGUUGUGACAGUAUAUUUGUACGUUAACAAGUCCUCUUACAUCCAGUAUUAUCUGUUGUGGAAAAUGCAUGUGUCUUGUGUCCUAAAAUGAUGUACAGUACAUAAAAUUGCAUAUUUGUACAUUGUAAAAUAUGUAAAUAUACCCAUGUUUAAUUGGAUAUCAGCUGUGUUGGAGGUUUUCUUUUGUUGUUUGUUGGUUUUGAUGGUAAGAACAAUGACAGUUUGACAAACAAAUUAUGAGAUAGAUAGAUAGAUCGAUCGAGAUAGAUAGAUAAUACUUGGAAUAAUAGUUCAGUUUAGGACUAUGUGGUCAUUUACAUGAUCCCAGAAAUAGACACAGCUGACUAUAAUGGGCUUUAAAUAAAUAAUA